UCAACCAAUAAAGAGCUUUGAACAAGUAAGAGAUGGAGAAGAGUGGUCUGCAAAGGUCUACCACUUCGUUCAGGAGACAAGGCUCAUCAGGGUUGAUUUGGGAUGACAAGUUUUUAUCAGGUGACUUGAACAAAAUGAAGCUUAACAAUCAACGUAGCCGAUCGGAAAAUGGUGACGGGAAUAUGUACCGGACGACGAUGAAGGUGGCGCCCCCUAGCUUCGACCCUCCUUCUCCUAAGGUCUCUGGUUGUGGCUUUUGUGGGAUUUUUGGCAAACCGGAAGCAGCGCCCACAAAGAGAAGAUCAAAGAAACGUUAGUAAUGAUCAAGUACAGCAUAAUUAUUAUGUUGUAUGCUAUAUAUACAGGGCAUUCCGAUUCCAAUUUAUGUAUGUUAUUUUAUUUGUUUGGGUGUUAAAUUUCCACAUAAUACAGAAUUCCAGUUGAAAUAUGUGUAUGAGAGCACAAA